AUGCCUUCACUUUGUGAUUAUUUCAUAACUAACGCGUGCAACGCAAAAUUCCUAAUUUCUAGUCUAAUUGGGGCCUACGUGGCCUACUAUUUCUUUGUUGCUCGUUCGUCUCCUGUUUUGUAUGGUCACUCUCGGAAACUCGUGGAUUUCUUCCAUUCAUACGUUCCUUUCCUUAAUGAAGUCUACUCACCUUUUGUUUUUGGUUUCACUGGUCGAGUGCAGACGAUACUGAGACCCAUAUUCCAUCGCGUUGAAAAGGUAAACUACGAAAAAGAGGUCAUAAGCUUUUCAGAUGGUGGGGAUAUGACACUUUCGUGGAGUAACAUUGAAGGAAUGGCGGAUGACACACCGAUCGUUGCUCUACUGCCCGGUCUAGCUGGUUGUGGUUGCUGCCACUACAUUGCCAGCAUUGUUAAGGAGAUCAAUCGAUGCAAAUACAGGUGUGUUAUUUUAAACAAUCGCGGGGGCUGUCGUCGCAAGUUGAAGCCUCCCGUGUUGUACGGUCACUCUCGGAAACUUGUGGAUUUCUUUUGCUCAUACGUUCCUUUCCUUAGUGAAGUUUACUCGCCUUUUGUUUUCGGUUUUACUGGUCGAGUGCAGACUAUACUGAGACCUAUAUUCCAUCGUGCCGAAAAGUGCAACUACGAAGAAGAAGUUAUAAGCUUUUCAGAUGGUGGGGAUAUGACGCUUUCGUGGAGUAACAUUGAGGGAAUGGCGGAUGACACACCGAUCGCUGUUCUAUUGCCCGGUCUAACGGGUUGUGGUUGCUGCCAUUAUAUUGCAAGCCUGGUUAAGGAGAUUAAUCGAUGCGAAUACAGAUGUGUCGUUUCAAAUAACCGUGGAACAUGCCGUCACAAGCUGAAGACGCCUCGGACAUACUGCGCUGCCCACACAUCUGAUGUAGCCUCAGUAUUUGACCACAUCCGAAACCGAUACCCAGACGCACCAAUGGUGGCAGUGGGUAUAUCUCUUGGGGCCCUCCUUGUCUUCAACUACCUGGCAGACGAACCUCAGGACCCCAGCAAGCCCUGUCCUCUCACCGCCGCAAUGUGUGUGUGCAUGCCUUGGGAUGUGUCACAGACGUCUGACAAGUUGGAAAAAUCGUUGGACUGGCUCCUCUUCAACUACCCUCUCACCCAUGGCCUCCGUCGUUUGGUCAUGCGAAAUGCCGACGUGCUGUCAAAGAAGUACGAUGUUCCACGCAUUCUGAAGGUAGGUCGUUGA